UUGUGUGGGAAAUACAACAUUUCCCAGCAUUCAAGUUUAGCUGUCACCUGACGCGCUGUCAUUCUCUGUAAACAAGCCGCUAGUUUUCCUGGCAAUCGCAUUCGUACAGAGCUAACGGGAGCGGAUUCAUCGCACAUUCAAAGUGACAUUUCUGCAAGGAUGGCAUAUGUGAAAAGUGGAUGGCUUCUAAGACAGAGCACCAUUCUGCGACGCUGGAAGAAGAACUGGUUUGAUCUGUGGUCUGAUGGUCGCUUGAUUUUUUAUGAUGACCAAUAUCGGCAGGACAUGGAGGACCAAAUACACAUGAAGGUUGACUGUAUCAAUGUCCGCACUGGGCCUGCGUGCAGAGAUCUUACCCCACCAGAGGGUAAAGGACGGGAUUCCCUACUGCAGAUCGUGUGCAGAGACGGAAGGGUCAUCAGCAUCUGCGCAGACGGUGCAGACGAUGCCUUGGCAUGGUCAAUGGCCCUGCAGGAUGCCAGAAUGAAUUCGGUGCUCACCGAACCUCAGAUUGGUUUCUCUGAGGAGGUGGUGGCCUCAGCCCCUCCCCCGUACACCGAGUUUGUUCCCGCUUACCAGGUGUAUGACCAGGGCCACCAUGGUGCCUAUGGCCCGCCUCCUCCUCCUCCUCCUGGAACACAGGUGGUUUACGGCUCUGAUGGACAGCCUUACGCCGUGGCGUACCCCUAUCAGUACCAAGGCAGUUACCCUCCUCGAGGAGUGAAUCAUGUGAUCAUUCAGGAACGUCGCCAUGACAACGGGGGCGACAUGGCACUAGGCAUGCUCACUGGAGCUGUAACGGGCAUGGCACUGGGCUCCCUUUUCUCUGUGUUUUAGUGUCUCUAUGGCAACCCUACCCCCCUUAAACACAGCUCACACGUAACCUUCUCACACUACUGCUCUAAUGUGGCGGAAACCAACUACUUCCUGGUAGCGAGGCUGGUAUACGUUAGCUGCUCCACUCCACAUGUCUGUGAUGUUCCAGUGAAGUGCUCCAUUGCCCUUUACCAAGGCCUUUAAAUGUAUGAACGCUCUAGCAUUUCCUGUCCAGUAGCCUGUGACUCAUUUCUACUUAAUGACUAUGAGAAAAGAGAAUUUGCCUGGUUAUUAAUGAUUCUGUAGUGAGGAAAAUAAUAUGUAAAAUAGCUUAAACACGUUGGUUCCUCUCAGCACUGUAGCUCUUAUUGGAGUACUUAAAGUAACAUAACAGAACUACUGGCAGAUAAUGAUAAGCAGGGUGUUCAAAAAUAGAAGUGCAAUUCCAGCAAAAGGUUUAUCGCUCAGACUGUACUAGCUAAUUUCUUUCUUGUGGCUGUUUGUCAUCUUACUGCUGAUCCAGAUGAUAAUGUCUGAGAUUUCAACCCAGGUUUUAAAAAAUCAUUCCAUGUACUUGCUUUUGAGCUAUGUAUACUGCCUGUAGAAGGUCUUAAAUUAUUAUUAUUUUUAUUUAUUUUGAUUUCAGUUACUGUUAUUACUGCAUCUGUUUGUACACUCCUUCCCAGCUGUGGUUGUGAUUCUUUAAGUAGGAGAGAAAUUCGAUGUUCUGCAUUAUGUACUAUUUAUUAAUAUUAGAGUUGUCAUGAAUAAAAUAAUGUAAUCUGGAGUUGUUAAUGGAGAUAAAUAGGACUUAAAAGCUCUGUGCAUUGGUGCAGUUCUGCGCAAAAGAAAAUCAUGUUACAUACAGUGUGGUAGUUUACUGUAUUUUAAGAUUUUACGCAAAAAAAAACGUUCUCUCACUUUAUUCAAGACAUCAGUUGCAGUAGUGUCUUUUUUGUUGAAAUGCAUUUUCUUGUUCAUUCUAGCGGCAGCUAUCAAAAAGUAGCAUUUGAUCAGCUAAAGUUGCUAGGAGAUGAUGGGGAAAAAACAUUGGUUCUUUGAUAUAGGUUGUGCAGUGUAAAGUGCAUUGCAGGUGAUAAAUAUUUGUGGUUUUCUUAAAUGCCUCAAGCCAUUAAUGUUCACCUAAAACAUACUGUACACAAAAAAUGUGCAUAUGUAUUUAUUGAGUUGUAUACCUUUUCUUCAUGUGUUUUUGUUGUCUGGGGAAUUACGUUGUGUGCUUAAAUAAGGCAGGGCUACAGCUAUUAGACGGGGUUAUUUUCUACACUUUCUAAUGACGCUUGGUAAGUCUAGAGGGCUAAACUAAUAAUAUGCUUUACGCUACUGCUGUGUUCUGGCCAAAAUCUAUAUUUUAAUAAAGUUAAUAAAUCCACUGCUUGCUACCACAAUUCACAAGAAUGUAGCUGAAAAAAAUGUAAUAUGUAACCUAUUGCACAUUUACCUCUCACUGUUGGCAAAAAGUGACAUCUGUCUAGAAGAGCGACUACUUUGAAUGCUGCCAGAUAAACCUGUUAUAUAAAAAUAAUUUCCUGAGAUGUUGUGGCCUUCCCUUUAACCUGGCAUGAUUCUGUUCUAAAACGGAACAGACCACGGUUAAUGAUUUGCUUUACCUGCUGUGUAACAUGCAUAGUCAGUGCCUUAACAGGGCAUUGGAUAAUAUUCUGGACAUCUCGUGUGGAACCGUAAAGAUUGUGAGGACUGGUCUGCUUUGCCCUUUCCUACUCUGGUCUAAUGCGUGCCCUGUGCAUCUGGUAGAUUGCAUGUUGUAUCUGAUGUCACCGUGGAUAAAGAAGGGAGAUGGUUAUAUAGGGUCUGCAUUAUUCCACCCUUGGAACACCCAUCUGUUUUGUACUCAAGAGGAUGAAAGGGAAGCUUUUCUAGAGAUUUUCUGCUGUGAUGUAAUGUUACAAAGGAGGGGAUGUUCAGUCCAGCCUUUUCAUUUAUAAGUGAAGCUUUUCUGUCUUUGAAAAUCUUUUCUUUUCCCCUCGGUCUUUAAAAUGUUCUAAAAUUCUACUCUUAUUUGACAUUAAAGCAUUUAAAAAGAA